GCACAAGUCAAACUGAAUCUGCUCAGCAUGGCCAGGAAUGCUGAGGAAGACUACGGUUUCAGUGGAUGUUAGCCGAUAUACACAAGCGGUAAAAUGUGAUUCUCACUCAUCUACUGUUUCGGCCAAGACAUCAAUGCACGCACAUCCCCCUUGAAACGAGCAUUGUCACAAAAACUUCGGAUUCUAAUUGCAUUCCAUUCGUUCUGUAAAUUCGCUUUCUACUUUCUAAUUUAUUUUCCAUUCUCUUGGCACCUGGUGUGCGUUCAGUUCUACAAUAUAUUAUUCUUUCCUUAUGGCGAAAGUGUAUCGCGAUGACUCUCUUGAUGAGGCGGAGCCGUUGACCGGGGAAGAUGGAGCGAUUGGAAGAGUCUGGAAAUCAGAGAAGGUCUAUUUAGAAUCCAGAUUACGAGAGCUGAGGCCUCGCUGGAUUUGGUUCGCGCAUGCUGUCCUAUUAUCGAUCUCUAUUGGCUCUUUGGCGCUGUCACUCUACAUACGAUUAUCGACACAGUCGAACUCAAUACCCGUCACAUAUUUACCUGCUCAAAGCGCAAUCAAGUACGAGAUCAAACAAUUCGACUUGCCGCCAGUACCUGAAGGGCCAUUUGUAGGGAAGGGACCAGAAGUAGAUGCAUCAUGGGAUUACAUCACCAAUAGCAUCGGCGACACGAUGGUAUCCCGGGAGGAGAUGAUCAAGAUGAACCUUGACCCGAACGGUGCCUUAGAGAUCACCGACCCAGCGACAGGGAAACGAGGCUUCCGUGUAGCCAUAGAAGUCUUCCACCAGCUACAUUGCUUGGAUUUGUUACGACAGUCUCAUUACAAGUCGCACUACGCACCUCUUGGAGGCGACACAGCAGCACCAGUGCACGACCUGACAGGCCACCUGGACCAUUGUAUCGAUGCCCUACGACAAUUCGUUAUGUGCCAGGGCGACGUCAAUAUUUUUGCAUUCCGCUUCCCUUUCAAUGAUGGCGAUCCAUGGCCAGACUAUUCCACGCCCCGUGUGUGCAGGAACUACGAGAGUAUCCGGAAGUGGGCUGUUGAUCAUACUGUUGCGCAAGGAGAAGACGAGCCGGAGCAUUAAGGGAACGAGAUUUUAUAUUCCGUAUCUUGGCUCAGGGUAUCGCAGGGCGCUCAGGUGGAUUGCUUGAGUUACUCGGACAAGUUUUGACUGAGCUGAGGUGCACAAGAAGGAGAAAAUGGAUUUAUGAUACCUCCACGUCAACAUCCUGGUAUUGUUUGUAUCCUUUGGGAUCUUUGCAUCUUCAGCAGGAUAGCUUUUCAAGAACAAGAUUUGAUACCAUUUGCGCAAGCACAUCAGUUGAGCAAUGAAUGCACAG